GCGCCGCCGAGGGGAGGCCGCGCCGAGCGGAGGCCGGAGCGGGGCCGGGAGCGGAGCGGGACCGGGACUGGAACGGGGAGCGGGAGCGGGUCGGAGCCAUGAGCGACAUCCGGCACUCGCUGCUGCGGCGGGACGCGCUGAGCGCCGCCAAGGAGGUGCUCUACCACCUGGACAUCUACUUCAGCAGCCAGCUGCAGAACUCGCCGCUGCCGCUCGUGGACAAGGGCCCCACGGAUCUGCUCGAGGAGUUCCUCUUCCACGUCCCCAAGGAGCGCGGAGCGCCGCCCAAGAGACUGACCCCCCUUCAGGAACUUCAGCUCCUUGAGAUCAUGUGCAAUUAUUUCCAAGAGCAGACCAAGGAUUCAGUCCGCCAGGUCAUCUUUUCAUCUCUCUUCAGCCCCCAGGGGAACAAAGCAGAUGACAGCAGGAUGGCUCUGCUGGGGAAGCUGGUCUCCAUGGCAGUGGCUGUCUGCAGGGUGCCUGUGCUGGAGUGUGCUGCCUUCUGGCUGCAGAGGACCCCAGCUGUGUUCUGUGUGAGGCUGGCCCGAGCCCUGGUGGAUGACUACUGCAACCUGGUGCCAGGCUCCAUCCAGACCCUGAAGCAGAUCUUCACUGCCAGCCCUCGCUUCUGCUGCCAGUUCAUCACAUCAGUCACUGCUCUCUACGACCUCUCUUCAGAUGACCUGAUCCCUCCCUCAGACCUGCUGGAGCUGAUUGUCUCCUGGAUCUUUGAGGACCCUCGUUUGAUCCUGAUCACCUUCCUGAACACUCCCAUCGCAGCCAACCUGCCCAUGGGCUUCCUGGAGCUCACCCCGCUCACCGGCCUCAUCCGCUGGUGUGUCAAGGCCCCCCUGGCCUACACCAGGAAGAAGAAAGCCUCUCUCUCCAAUGGACAUGCUCCCAACAAAAUUACCAAGGACUCAUCUUCAGGAGAAGACAGGGAUUGCCACCAGCUCUAUUCCAAGCUGCAUCUGAGUGUUCUGCAGGUUCUUAUGAUGCUCCAGGGGCAUUUAACGGAGAAAAACCUUUAUGGGCGCCUGGGGCUGGUGCCCUUUGACCACGUGGUUCCUCUGGUGGAGGACAUUAACAGACUGUCUGAUGAACUCAAUCCUCUCAAUGCAUCCAAAGAGAUUGAACUUGCUCUGGACAGGCUGGCUCAGGCUUUGCAAGUGGCCAUGGCAUCAGGAGCUCUCCUAUGCACCAGAGAUGACUUGAGGACUGUGUGCUCCAGGCUACCACAUAACAACCUGCUCCAGCUGGUGAUUUCGGGCCCGGUGCAGCAGCCGACGCACGGGGCUCUGCCCCCGGGGUUCUACCCGCACAUCCACACCCCUCCCCUGGGCUACCCCGCGCUGCCCGCGCACCCCGCGCUGCCCGCGCACCCCGUGCAGACCUUCAUCCCGGGAGUCACCUUCCCCUACCGGCCCAUCCGCUAGCCCGGGCAGUGCCCGGCUGCCCUGAGUGCCGGGAAGCCCCAGAGACAACAAACAACCGCCUGAGAGGCGCCUUUUCCUCUUCGGAGCAAGCCGAGCUCCGCCCGCGCCCUCGGGCAGCGCCGCGCUGGGGCUGGGAGUGGGACGCACAUCCCAAGGCAAAAGGAGGGGAUGGGAACGGACAACAUCAAUUCCUCUGCAAUUCCUCCAGCAAAGCCUCUGCGGGGUGUGGAGGUUUUUUUGAUGUUCCUCCGUGGUGUUUUGCAGUAGCCAGGAGCUGUUUACAGCAGGGUGAGCCCGGCUACUCUGGAUGUGGAAGGGCCUGGAGGGAAGGCCUUGUGUGAUUUUUUUUUUUUUUCCAAGCUAUUCCACUCCAGCCUGCUUGUUUCUUUGUAAAUGUUUGUAUCUAUAGCUACAGAGUAUGUGUACACUGUAUAUUUUUGGAAGGCAAACGUUUGUUUCUGAAGCACAAGGUAGAGUAAAGCAGCACUUCCUAUUAAAGGAAACAAUUUAAGAAGCAUCA